GUGCUGCCACGGCCGAUUACCGGGCGGUUACAGUCCCUGUAAUCUAAUACGCCCAAUACGCCCGCGGGGGUUCAGGACAAUCAAUCAAUCAAUCAAUCAAUCAUCCGUGAUUACAUCUCUCUUCAGACAUCUCUCUCUCUCUCUCCUCUCAUUUAACGCAACCACCACCAUGUACGAGUCCUACCGCCCGCCGCACCCCCUCCUCGCCCAGGUCCCCCUGACCGUCUCCCCCUUCAUCAACCUCCCCGCCUCCGUCACUCUCCCCUACACCUACAAGUCCGUCCCCUCGACCAUCCCCCCCUCCGUCACCGUCGACCCCAGUAACCCCGACGCCAUCCCCCGCUAUGUUGUCUCGGCCAGCGGCGAGCACGCCGCCUCCCCGGAGGAGAUCCUCGCCUCCUGCAACUCGCUCGAGCAACACCUGAAUAAGGCCCGCAGCGACGCCGAGAAGGCGAUCCGCGACUGGGAGGGCUCUAUCACCCAGCGCGAACUGGCAGAGAAGCGCCGGGUCGCACCGGGAUGGCUCGAUCGCGACGAGAAACUACUUCAGCCGAGCAAUGCGGCAUUGGGGUUUCAGGCAUAUGGCCAGGCGCAACCGAGUCUCCUGGACAGCGCAUCUGCCGACCCUAGUGCGGCCGUUUUACCGUCGAUGGUGCCGCGCGAUGAGGGCGAGGAGCUAGAUCGAGCGUUUGGAGGGCUGGACGUGAAAUGAAUGGCUUAAAACCCCGGAAAUACCAUCACCUCUUUACUCAGCUCUUCUCUAUGAGUGCUCCGGAUCGUGCCAUAGCUGCUAUCGCAGCGGAUAGACACGAAUUCCUUACAGUGGCUGGGCAAGCGGGCACUCAACAUCCCAACACCGGCGUCACCGCAAUCAAGUCCAACUGUCCGAAGUUGCGCGCACUGCAUCUGCACCAGAUCGCGGUGCAGGAUGAUUUGCAUCCCGCGGUCCCCGCCAGCAGGUACCUCAAUCCCUCGGCGGCCGCCGGCCGCAGUAGCGUCAUCCCACCGGACGGGGCACCUACCACCUCGACCACAUCUAAAGCCUCAAAUUAUCCUAACCAGAUAGAAGCCAUCAGAAUACCACUCUCCAAUUUCC